GCGCGCCAGACGCAGGUCCCCUCCUCCCUUCUCCAUCAGUUCGUGAGCCACCCCUCCCCUCUCAUGUCCUCACGCAGCCGCAGUCUGCACGUUUCUUUUUCCUCCCCUCCUCUCUCUCUUCAUCCUCACAUCACCAAGCCAAAAGAGGAGCCGCCGCAUCACCCCCCUGGACCCCCCCACCACCAGCAGCAGCCGCCGCCGCCUCCUCUCUUCUCUUCUCCAGCCACAGCUCCCUCCUCCAGCGGCAUGGAUGUAAAAGGUUGCCUCUGAACGGCUCCAGCGUCAGCUCACAGACUCAAGACGGGGGCCACGAUGAGCGAAGAGCCACCGGCCACCCCCAGCUGGCUGAGCCCGGAGCCCACAGCGUGGGCCAGCGGCGGGGGGCCGACGGACAACGCCAGCGUCCCGGCGACGUUCCCCGCAGAGGAAUCCCUCUCGCCCCGCCAGUUGCCCCUGCUGAUCAACCCGUGGGACAUCGUCCUGUGCACUUCGGGGACUCUGAUCGCCUGCGAGAAUGCUCUGGUGGUCCUGGUGAUCUGGCAGAACCCGGCGCUGCGGGCACCCAUGUUCCUGCUCAUCGGCAGUCUGGCUCUGGCUGACCUGCUGGCCGGCCUGGGCCUGGUGCUGCACUUCACCUGUGCCUACCUGCUCCAGUCGGACUCGGCCCAACUUCUCACUGUGGGCCUGGUGGUGGCCUCCUUCUCCGCGUCAGUCUUCAGCCUGCUGGCCAUCACCAUCGACCGCUAUCUGUCGCUAUACUACGCCCUGACCUACAACUCGGAGCGCACGGCGGCCUUCACGUACACCAUGCUGGUCCUCCUGUGGGGACUCUCGCUGUGCUUGGGUCUACUUCCUGUCACAGGCGUCAACUGUCUGGCAGAGGAGGCCACGUGCAGCGUGGUGCGCCCGCUCACCAAGAACAACAUUGCCGUACUCUCCGUCUCCUUCCUGCUCCUGUUCGGCCUCAUGCUGCAGCUCUAUGUGCAGAUCUGCAAGAUUGUGAUGCGCCACGCCCACCAGAUUGCCCUCCAGCACCACUUCCUGGCAGCCUCGCCUCACUACGUCACUACGCGGAAGGGCGUCUCCACGUUGGCCAUCAUCCUAGGGACAUUCGCUGCCUGUUGGAUGCCCUUCACUGUCUACUCGCUCAUCGCCGAUUACACGUACCCACCGCUGUACACCUACGCCACACUGGUGCCCGCCACCUACAAUUCAGUAAUCAACCCGGUCAUCUACGCAUUCCGGAACCAGGAGAUUCAGAAGGCGCUGUGGUUGGUGUGCUGUGGCUGCGUUCCCGCCAGUGUGGCACAGCGGGCGCGGACUCCCAGUGACGUCUGACCCAGGGAACCAAGCGGUUGGGAUAUGGGAGGGAGGGGGCGCCCAUUGGAUGGUUCUCACAUGGGCGAACUGACCUGGGUGGGGGUUUGAGAGGGGUGCUACCGUGGGUUGGUUGACACAAAUGGGUGACUCGACCUUGGUUGGUUAUAAGAGAGAGUGGCGCCCCCGGGGUCAGAGCCAGCUGACCUGUGUAGGACUUGAGAGAGUGGGGGGUGCCCCUGGGUUGGUUCACCUUAUGGGUUCUGAAAGGGGGCAUCCCUUGGUUGAAGCAAUUUGACCUGGGUGGCACGUAAAAGAGGGGUUUGCCCCUGGGUUCGACCAAAAUUACCUGGGAGGAUUUGAGAAAAAGGGAGUGCCCACUGCGUUGGUUGACACAAAUGGGUGAAUCGACCCGGGUCGGUUCACUUGGGUGAGUUUUGAGCGAGGGUGGCACCCCUGUGCUGGAGCCAAAUGAUUGGUGGGUAACCUCUUGGUUGUUUCACCUUGGUGGGUUUUGACAGAGGGGGCAAAAAUAGGUAAACCGAUCUGGGUGGAUUUUGAAUACGUGGUGCCCCUGCGUUGGAACCAACUGACCUGGGUGGAGCUUGAGAGAGGGGGCAGGGGGGUGGGGAUUGUUUCGCCAGUGUGAGUUUUGAGAGAGAGAGGGUCACCACUAGGUUGGAUCAAACUGACCCGGGUGGGUUUUGAGAGAGGAGGUUAAUCUACCAGGGGGCUGUUUUGAGAGAGGGGUGGGCCUGGACUGGAACAAACAGUCCUGGGUGGGAUUUGAAAAAGGGGGACAUCCUGGGGUUUGGUCCAUCUGGGAGAGGUUUGAGAGGGUUAGCGCAAAUUGACCUGGGUGGGUUUUGAGAAAGGGUGGUACCCCUGGGUCACAUAGAGGGGCGGCAUGGGAGUUAACCGGGUGGACGGUGGUUUUCUCGUCAUCCCGCGAGGUUUUUGUCCCUCUUCGUUAUCCUCACAUGAGGCGGCUAUGUUGCAUGCUGCCCACCAUCGCAGCCUCCGCGCCCCCCCCCCCCCCCCUUUUUUUGGUGCCCCACCCUUGCCCCGCUCUGCAGAGGGUGCACAUCACAUGCACAACGCAGCUUCGGCCGCCACGUGCUCGUCCUUUGGGAUUAUUGGUCGCUCAAAUGGCAGAUUAAAAACCAGGCAGACGACGACAACGCCAAGCACGCAGGCCUAUUUCAUUAUUUUUUUUUACCCCUGCAUCAAAGUCUGGAGCAGCAUCCAUCCCCGCCCGCCUCGAACGUGCGUGGCAACCUAAAGAGGCACGGCCAGCUAAAAAUAGACACCAGCUUCUCUUGUGGAAAUGAGCCCUCGGUACGCUUCUUGUCUUUCACUGGAUUCUUGUGUGUGAAUGUGUUUGACACCACCAUAUCGAUAAUCCCCCCCCCACCCCCCCCAUUUAUUUCACUGGAGGCUGCAGUGUAAUGUGCAUCCACCUCACUCGUAUUUGCUCGAUUUUUGUAUGUUGACGUAGUUGAAGUUUGCAUUAAGUCCAUGCAAGAGAAUUCCACCGUUUCGUUACUAGGAUGUCAGUCAAUCCAUGUGACUUACCACAGCCAGUCAAUUAAAUUGAAUUAUAAUAUAAAUAUAAACAGAUUAACCCAUUGUGGGGUGCUUAUAAUAAUUUAACCUACUAUGUGGCACAUAUUGAAAUAACUAGAAAUUGUUUUAAUUUAAAUAUUGUAACCUAAAUAACCAUACUUUAUUUAAAUACGUAAAAUUUAACAUCAUAUACAGUAAUUUUAUUUGUAUUUAACUCUCGCUGAAAGGGAAUUAAUUUAAAUAAAGUAUGCAAAAUUUUUCACAUUUAGUAAAAUUUGUUUUCAUUAUUUUUACAUCAAAACACCAUAACUCGUACUUGGUGUAUAGUACUCCUUUACAGAAAUUAAAUAUAUUUUAAGUAUCUAACUUACCUUUUUUUAAUAUUUAUGACUAGAUUUAUAUAAUUUCAUGUACUAUAAUGCCAUUCUUGUGCAAUGAAAAGCACGUAGCUCUGAUUUGUGUUAUUUUUAUCUCCAAAAAAGAUAAAGAUUCUAAAAUUUACAGAAAAUUGGAGAUUCUUUUCCUGUCAGUUCUGCCAUACAGCUGUCUUUGUUUACAUUUUUUAUAGUUGCCAAAUAUGAUUGCCCACUUUUUUAUUAUAUUUUUUAUUUUAAGAAAUACAUGUACAAAAUAGUCUACGGUUGACAUAGUAAUUCCAAUAAGUGCGCUAUAACUAAUGUGCGUGCCCUAAUAGAGUCAUUGUAAAAGUGACAUCUGCUUUUAGGCCAAUAAAGAGCUCUCGACCUUUUUUGUCAUGUUGUCAGCAAUAACUAACCUUUGGACGGUAGUUAUUUUCUAAGAAGCGAAGCAAUACUCAAGACAGCAAUAACAUCCACGCACACUUACUGUGAUUCCUCCCCGCAGAGUGAUGGCUGUGAGAGGGAUAAUCAAAUGUGACGCAAAUGCUUAUAAAAGAAAAUAUGAAAUAACAGGCUUCGUGGAUGAAUUUUCAUUUGUUGCUUUGUCAAUGUGACCUCAUAUGAUGAUGUAAUUAGCUGAUUUUGGGUGAAAAUGGAUGCAGUUCAAACUUGGAACAAGUUCAAAAAAGCAAAUUGCAACAAAGCCCAUUGAGUAGGACCUCAAAUUAAAGCCCGUAUUGAGGGCUUUCUGAAUCUGAAAUUAUUUUGUUGCUGUGCCUUUAUAUGAUUAAAUCAGCUAAUUUGUCUUGGUGGGAAUUAAUGUUCACAUUUCACUUGUAACAAACAAGGUUAAAAAAAAAAAUAAUAAUUUAACAAACUAUCGAGUAAGACCUCAAAUUACAGCCCAAGAGGGCUUUCCCAAUCAGUAAUUAUUUUGCUCAUAUGAUUAUGUAAUCAGCUGAUUUUACAUUGUGGCUUGAGCUUCUCUCAUAACAAGGUGUAAAAAAAAGGUGUAAAAAAAACUAAUUGCAACAAACCUCAUUGAGCAGUGCCUCAAAUUACAGCCCGUAAUGAGGGCUCUCUCGAUCCACCCUCAUAUGAUGACACAAUAACCAAUAUAGGUCUUAUCAAUGUCAUAAAUAUAUCAGCACAGCGUACAUCUUAUCACAGGCAUGUCAUAAGAGAUACAAGUGCCCUACAUGUUUUAUCGUCGCUUUCCUGAGCUUGCUUGAGUGUUGUAACCUCAAGUGUCUUUUGUGUGUGUGUUUGACGUGCUAGGAGUUGCAUGGCCGCAUGUGGUCUCCUCAUGUGAGGAGUGUGUCUCUACAUACGUGGGUGUUUACCGUGUUGUGGAUGCUGCUGCUGCCAGUCUUCCUUGUCUGUUCAGAGAGAAUUUCCACCACAUUUUUUUGUGCUCCACCGCAUGCUGCUGCGACGUCAUCGGACUAAAAACCCACGCUACUUGAAGCCAAAGCGAAAGAGGAUGAUCGAUUAAAUCAGCGGAAGUCCGUCAAGUGAACUCUGAAUGAUCUUAUGAGCUAAACUGGGCCACUUCCAAAUGAUCUCGGAAGACUUUUGGAACGUGGCCCCGCUCAAUGUUGACAUCACAACAAUUUAAAAAAAAAAAACAAAAAAAAAGUCUAUUUUGUUAUAGUCAUUGAAAAGUUCUAUUUUUUUCCAGCUUGAAUUUCUUUAUGUUGUACAAUGAUAUCACUGCGCUGUAAAAGCCUUUUUUCUGAAUGUAGUGACAAAUGUUUCCUCGGAGUAUGUGUAAAUAUUAUUGAUAAUAAUAAGGCAUGCUUUCCAAAUGGGGGGACUUUACCACCUUGCAUGGUGCUACCAAAGCAGUCACUCUUAAUGGAAGGAGUUGGGUCGCACCACUUUUUUGCCCCCCCCUGGUACAAUGUAGAAUUUUUUGAAAAGGGUGUGAAAAGGGCUUUUGUAUCUAAGAAUAGCAAAAGACUGUCACAGUUAUCUGUUACACGCACAGUGAAAGUAAUUGUGUAGCCAAGGAGGAGCUGGAAGUGGUUCGAGCGAACUAACCCUACACUCAAGGGGUCCUGUGAAUGUCUGGGGGGGGGGGGGGAUUGCCACAGUAACAGCAUUGUGUGUUGUUUUUAAAUGUGAAAUGCACUUUAUUGUUAUUUUUUUUGGUGGGUGAGGGGGAAUCACGAUGGCACAAUUGAAGUAUCUGCAAAAUGAGAAUCAACAUGCACUAAUUUAACUGUAAAAAAAAACAUUUGUGCGAAGUGUGUGCUGUCUAUUUUUCCAAAGUGUUCUAGUUGUACUUUUUAAUUGUUUUGGUUAGUUAAUUUUCUAUUAAAAAAAAAUCUCGCAAACAAGCGUGCUGUGCAAA